GCGGCGAGCCCCGGGCCGGGGCGCGGUCUGGGGAGUGAAAUGCCCCAGGCGCUCCGGGGCGCACAGAGCGCAGGCGCAGCGGGUUGGGUGGCAGCAGCAUCCAGGAGCGGCUGUGUUGGCAGCAGCAUCUUGCAACAGGUGUAGACAGGUCCCGCCUGACUCCAUCCUGGGAAGUCCUUUCGAAGAAAUGGCCCUGGUGAGGGGCGGCUGGCUGUGGAGACAGAGCUCUAUCCUUCGCCGCUGGAAGCGGAACUGGUUCGCCCUGUGGCUGGAUGGGACCCUGGGCUACUACCACGACGAGACCGCGCAGGACGAGGAGGACCGCGUGCUUAUCCGCUUCAAUGUCCGCAGCAUAAAGAUGGGCCAGGAGUGCCACGAUGUGCAGCCCCCGGAGGGCCGGAGCCGCGACGGGCUGCUGACCGUGAGUCUCCGGGAAGGCUCCCGCCUGCACCUGUGCGCGGACACCCAGGAUGACGCCGUAGCUUGGAAGACUGCGCUGCUGGAGGCGAAUUCCACCCCGGCCCCAGCUGGAGCCGCCGUCCCUCCCAGAAGCCGCCGGGUUUGCCCCAAGGUCAGGUGUGUGACCAGCUCGUGGAGCCCCUGUAAGGUUGAGAGGCGAAUCUGGGUGCGCGUCUACAGCCCGUACCAGGACUACUACGAGGUGGUGCCGCCCAAUGCGCACGACGCCACUUACGUUCGAAGCUACUACGGACCGCCCUACGGACAGCCCUACCCAGGCCCCGGAGGCGUCACGCACGUGGUGGUGCGGGAGGACCCCUGCUACAGCUCGGGAGCCCCGCUGGCCAUGGGCAUGCUCGCGGGGGCGGCCACCGGGGCGGCGCUGGGCUCGCUCAUGUGGUCGCCCUGUUGGUUCUGAGCCCCGAGACUCAGCGAGACUCAGCGCAUAGUUUACUCCUUGUCCCCGCCCCUCCACCCAAGCCCUGCCCAACUUUGGCCUCUUCCUAUUAGCCGUGCGAAGCUUGGAUCUCCCCCUCCUACUUCCACCCUCUGCCCCAACAUGGGAAGAAGCUACCAUCGGAGGCACAAACGUUAACGAAAAAUCCUUGUCUCUACUGCCAGACACCCCAGAAACCCAUUAUAGACACGUGGAUAUAUUUGCCCCAAACACAACAGGGCGCGUGUGCACACGCACACACACACACACACACACACACACACACACACACACACAAAACCACUCAUGUGGCUUCAAUUUUGCAAAUGCUGGAGACAUAGAAGUCAGGUUCUUCCAGGCUUGGUGGGGGAAAACAGCUGUACACACUCGACAAGGCAGAGUUAUCAGUCCUUGGACAGUGAGAGGGCAGAGAGAGAGGAAGGCAGGCUAGAAGGUUGUUGGCAAGCAUGCAGGGCUUGUCAAAGAAAUUAAAGGGACAUUUAACUAGGCUGGGGAGGGAGGCAGGGGUCAGAUCAUUAUACCCCUCUAGGUUAAGAAGCUUGCUGAGUCAGGGGGAGAUGUGAGGUUUCUUUAGAGGAAGUUUCAUAAUAAAUGAAUAUAUUGCCUGCUUGUUUUUUAACACAGACCCAAACCCAAAACACUGUACAUUUAGCCCCAUCCUUCCCACUACCAGCUUACUGGGUUCCCUGAUCCUUCGGUGUCCGGAAAGCACUUGUUUCCCACCUUUAUGGGAUCUCCAGCCCUAGGAUCCUCCAUCAGGAAAUGUAUGACUACUCCCCAGAGGCUCCCCUGUGCCCAGAGCUGUGGCUAUCGCCCUCUUAGGUGUUGUCUCCACAUCCACUCUGGGGAGGAUGGCAGUGUUCACUUCUGGGGCAUAAACCACCUUCGUCUCAGCGCAGAAGGCCCCGCACAUGUGCCUCCCUGCUGGCUGCCCAGCAGCCUCCUCAUCUGGUCUCCUUCCAGUCUCCUCUCCCAGCCUGUCCCAAUCACCACAGAAAUGCUGAUAUUCCUGUCCAGUAGCCAGAGUAGCCUGCAAAAGUCCCCCUGUAGAUAGGGGCUCCCGUGGCCCUGCUGCAGAGACUAAUAAAGAUGUGUUGG